AUGGCUGCGAUCCCAAAGAGGACCAUGGCUGCUCCCUUUUCUCUCACGCGAACCGUCCUCGCUUCCGACCCUCUGGCCUAUAAAUCAGCCACGCAAUCGUCUUUCCUGACUCGCGCUGCCAAAGGCCGCGUUUCCAAACAUCAUCUCGGACAAUGGCUUUCAAAUGAUCGGCUUUAUAUCCAUGGGUAUAUCCGAGGCGUGGGUCGUCUACUCAGCUUUCUACAGCUCCCCGAGACAGUGGAGGAAGAGGCAGAAGUCUCCGAGAGCACCAAGCUGCUUCGCUGGAUGAUUGACGCAUUGGUCAACAUUCGCCGAGAGGAAGAGUUCUUUGUCCGCACUGCGGCAGAUUACGGCAUCAGUCUAGAUCUCAGCCACAAGCUGGAAGGGCUCCAUCGCUUCGAGGCUCUAUUCGACAGCACCCGUCCCGGCGGUGGCGACAAGGACAAGGCCGUGAUACCCUGGCUCGAAGCGGCAAUCGUCUUCUGGGCGACGGAGAAGUGCUACCUCGACGCCUGGUCCGGCGCAUCAGCCCGGCUUUCCGCUCCGUCUGAGGCCGAUGGGGAUGAGGAUGGUGGGGCCCUGAGGCGGGAAUUCAUACCGAACUGGAGUUCCGUGGAGUUUGCGCGGUUUGUGGACGAGCUGGGCGAGAUUAUCGACUCUGCGGUGCAGCGAGAGAUUAAGCUGCGGCAGAAUGAAGGCGAGGAGGAGGCAAUCAAGGGAGAGCUUCUGGAUAGAGCAUUGGUGAAGUGGCGUGAGGUGUUGGCCGCAGAAGAGGCUUUCUGGCCUGCAAUGGAAUAGUAUUAGACAGCAAUCAUGAGCCCAUGGCCCGCCUUGUUUGCAGUAUC